AUGACCAGUCCAUGGAGACACAGUCCACAUAGUAUUAAGCAAUGGCAGCUGAAAAGCCUUGGCCUCCAAGGUGGAGAGACGGAGAUGGCAAUCAAAGACAUCAACCUGGAUCAGACUGUGAGAAGCCAGACGAGAUUUAGUGCCUGGACACCAAAGGCAAGCAAGUUGGCCAACAAGCAGCUAUUUAAUGAAAGAGUUAAUCUCGUAGGACACUGGUAUGAUCUAUGGACCGAUAAACAGCGCAAACAAUUCCUACAUGCCAUUUUAACAAAGAGCAGCAAGUCACAGCUAAAAUUUGUUCAGGACUGGUUUUCUGAAGAGGUUCCUGUUACCAAGGUAGAUUUUACCACAGUCAUACCAAGGAUUCUCUCUCUGUACAUCUUCUCUUUCCUCAAUCCUCAUGACCUGUGUUCUGCAGCACAAGUCUCUUGGCACUGGAAAUUCCUCUCUGAACAGGAUUGCCUAUGGAUGCCAAAAUGCACUAAGUUUGGCUGGUUUUUGCCUUAUACUCCAGCAGACAAUGAGUAUAGCGCAUGGAAAAGACAUUAUAUUUCUUGUGCAUGCAGUCUAGAUUAUCUGACACCAAGGGAAGCUGCUGAAACAUAUGGAACAUUAAACGAGACAAAUAAAAAUACAGAGGAGCAAAACGAAAAACUACAGGAAAAAUGGCUACGCAGGAUGCUUCAUGAAAGGCUAGCGCUGGAAAAAAGAGAGCUUUUUAAUAACAGACCUCCUUGGAUGAGUGGCACAUGGAAAUCAGCAAUAAAAUCCAGAUUAUCACUAACUUCAUCAAUGAGUAUGACUGACCAGGCUGCUUUGCAGGCAGCACUCUGGCUUAUGAAGGGUCAAGACAAAGGCUCACAAAGAGCUCUUACAAAUCGGAUGAAAGAAGAAGAAAGCCAGACUCCCAGUUUCACUUUAGCUCUGGAAAAGAAACUUGUAGAGCAGUCCGUAAACUCUCUGCCUAAAAGGAAGAAUGUAGGUGGGCCUGACAAGUACCCACCAACAUCCAGUCGUCAAUGCCGCAGUAUCCAGUAUCAAUAUGCACUGCCACACUCAUCUAGUCAGUUGUACCUGGUAAUAAUAUCAUCCCGUAUACCAGCAUAUGAGGUCCUUCUAGAUAGUGUUAAACCCAGUGUAAUACCUGUAGCAUAUGAUUACUAUGGGACAACACCUGAAAGUCUACUCUUCUGUGUGGAAAAGGCACUGGAAGGGCGUACAGCACAGAGCAUCGGGCUUAUUUUAGAUGGAGAUUCUCAACAUUUACACCUCAUGCAGGGUGUAAGAAUCUGUUCCCAGAGUGUCCUAAAUUCUGACAUAAGAAACUUUUGGGAAAAACUAGGGAGCUGUGUCCAGGCAGAGAAAGACGGGGGCCAUAUUGACAUAUUUGUCCCAUUGGCAGCAUCAGAAUCUGGAAUGGAAAUUCUUAGGUGUCUUUCUCAGAUAGCUGGGGUCCCCUUUUGUUCCCCAACUGGGAUCGCCACAGGGUCCUUUAAUCAUCUUCUUAGUGAAUGGCUGCCCAUACCACCAAAAAGUGGAUCCCCUCCUUUUUCAUACUUCACUGAUGUGAAACUGCAAGCCUGGUGCAGACUGGCUGAUGUCAUGGAAGAGGCGCUGCAUGUGGUCAGGAAGCAGCUGAAGAAGUAUCUGUCUGAUCUCCAGAGGAAUGUCUCUGGAAGGAUAAUAGGGCAGUUCAUGUAUGAUGCAAUGCCCAUGGUAAAGGUGGUGGUCAAUCAUGAGGUUGCUGAGGCUUUAACAGGGGCUUUGAUGGAACUUGCUAAGGAGAAGAAUGAUGAUCCUCUAGAGUUCCUUUCUGUUUAUCUGUUGAAGAAAUGUAGCAAGAACAAGGAGAACAGACAUCGGUUGCUGCUCUCGGCAGAAAAUACAGAUGAUACACUAUCAGCAUUUUUGAAGGAAGAUGAUCCUGAAAUCGAUCAUACUGACAAAGCAUCUCACUCCCAAAGUCAUUCUGAAGUCAGAUUCCAACAGCUGACAUUGCUGGAUAAGAAAUUACAAGCUGAUCCAGGGGACAAGCGAUCAAAGUUUGCUAGAGAACUUUUGAAGAGCGAGAGACAAUAUGUGCAAAUCUUAGAAAUUGUAAGAGAUGUGUAUGCUGCCCCAUUGAAAGCUGCUCUAUCAUCUAACCGAGCCAUCCUCAGCAUCGCUAAUGUGCAAAUAAUCUUCGCCGAUAUCCUUGAUAUUUUACAAGUGAACAAACAGCUGUUACAUGACUUGACUGAACGACUUCAGGAAUGGGGGCCUGCGCAGUGCUUGGGUGAUGUAUUUGUCAACUUUGCUUCAAGGCUGAAGACGUACACUAAUUUUUUUAACAACUACACAGUCAUCCUUAAAACUAUUGACAAGUGCAGAGAGGCCAUGCCUACAUUCCGAGCUUUCUUAAAAAGACACGAUCAAACGGUAUUAACUAAUAUGAUGAGUUUACAGGAAUUGUUUCUUUUCCCAUCCACUCGCUUUGAAGAAUAUGUGAAUCUCUUGUAUGCUCUUCGUCUUCAUACGCCUCCGGAACAUUCAGAUCGUAAGGACUUAAAUUCUGCUAUACUGCAACUGAAGCAAUACAAGGAUUAUAUUGGACAGCUGAAAGCAAGUCUGGAGAAGGACACCGAGCUGACACAUAUACAGAAGAUGAUUCAGGGAUGCCCGAAUCUAAUAGAAGCAAACAGACAUCUGAUACACAUUCAAGAUGUGACUCUACUGAAGUGUGCCAAUGAAGACAUAAGUGCAUCACUGAGGCUUUAUGAGCACAUCAGUGAUCUAAGUCUCUUUCUCUUCAAUGAUGCACUAGUGAUUUCAAGUCGGCACAUUUCCUAUACACCUUUCAGUCAUAGAUCAAAGACAUCCUACCAAUUUAUGGCUUCAGUAUCUCUUCCAAGAUUACUUUUAGAAGACAUCCCAGAUACAAAAUAUGUAAAGCAUGCGUUCAGUCUCCAAGGCCCAAAGCGUCAGUGGAUCUGUUCUACUAUCACAGAAGAGGAGAAAUUCACCUGGCUUUCUGCAUGUCAAAGUGCUGUCCAUGCCAGUAUUGAGAAGAGAUAAAUCCAGCUGCAAUAAUCUGGGUGUAAAUAAAAAUUUUCAUAUGGUUUCUUGAUUUUUAUUUUAAAUAAAGUUUAAACACAGU